AUGGAUAGUGCCACGGCCGAGGCGACCUGCAAGAAGCUCGUCUCAAUACUCGCACUCGAUGCAGGAUACGAGGGCAUCACUGCCUCCGCACUCGAGUCCCUCACGCGCGUCUUCGAAAACUAUACCCAACAGAUGUACUCCAUUGCACACUCAUUUGCAGAACUCGCAGGACGGACUCGACCAGAUAUUAACGAUCUCGAACAGGCAUUCUCAGAUAUGAAUCUCAAGACCAGCGGUCUCGACCAAUACAUCGAACACGCCUCACGAUCAAAAACGCCGCUGCUGAGAGGACCAUUACAGGAGAUACUCGCCAAACCUGAACGGAAAAAGGAAAAGAAGACGUUGUUGCUGGACUCGGAUAUUGAGGACAACUCGGACAGUGAUGAGGAAGAGGAUGAGAAGCCGGGAACUGCCAAGGUCACUGCUCGCACGAUUGUACCGGACCAUUUGCCAGCCUUCCCCAGCAAACACUCAUACAAGCAGACACCUGUGUUUGUGAAAAGACCGACGGAUCCACAAAAGAUCAGGGAGUUGAACGCAGAGCAAUCACGACUGGUGGAAUCAAACUUGAAGAAACUGAUGGCGGCCGAGAACAAAGUCGCGAUGGCGGCAGCACACAAGGACGGCUCAUCCGUCACAGCAGUAUCGACAACCGCCGACCUACUCUUGGUCAAGGAGGAACAACAGGAAUCGAUCGAGAGUAUUGAUAGGAGGGCACUGACGAAACUGGAGGCUUUGCCUGUUGUCAACUAUGAACAGUCGAAGCGUCAACAACAGGUUAGCGCGUCAUCUCAUCGGGAUAGUGCUGCCGCUGCGACGAUUCGGUCACAUUCUUUACAUGAUAUGCAGGCUGGUCACUUGCGCGGAGACUCACAUUCGGGCAGCGGUGGCGAUUCUACUGCAGGCGCUGGACAAGGUUCGUCGAGUCAACAGCUGUCGGGCAAGGCCGAGUGGAGGAAUGAGAGGCGGAGACUGCGCAAAGAGCAACUAACGGCAAUGGAAGGCAUGGAGCACAACCUGACCCACAAGCGGAUACGGCAGGAGAGUGCCCACAGUAGCCGUCUCAAGCUCGUCAGCAUGGACGUCGAUCCGUAA